AUGGAAAACCAAUAUUUAAGUUUCACAAAAGAAGAAGUUCGCGCCGUCAUUCGGUUUUUUAAUUUUCAAAAUGUUUCUCCGACUGAAAUUCAUAGAAAAUUAACCGAAGUUUAUGGCCCGCACGUAAUGUCUCAAAAAAGUGUAUCGGUUUGGUGUACAAAAUUUAAUUUGGGUCAAGAAAGUGUUGAAGAUGAAACAAGAAGUGGUCAACCAAUAAGCACGUCCACCGCCGAAACCAUUGAGGCAGUCGAAAAAUUGUUACGAUCGGAUAGACGACUUAAAAUUAGGGAAAUGGCUACACAACUUGAUCUACCAAAGACCACUGUACAUGAAAUUGCCCAUGAGAAAUUAAAUUUUCGUAAAGUUUGUUCACGUUGGGUUCCGAAAAUGCUUACACCAGACCCUACAUUCAGCGGGAAAGACCAAAGCUUGGCUGGAAAACAAGUGGGAAGUAUUGCAACAUCCACCAUAUAG